GCGCCUGUUUCGAGGGAAGGAGUCGGCGGUCGCGUUUGGUGCGCGCUGACGGCUCGGCCCCCGUCGCGGGUGAGGCGGGGUGGACGCGACGUGUUUGUGCGCGGCCCCGGCGGCGACAUGGAGCGGUUCCCGGCGCCGGCGGCCCGCAGCCUCUCCGUCUGACGGCGCCCGGCAUGGACAAGGGCGAGGCCAAGAAACUAGUAUCCCAGUGUGCCAGCAUGUGCUAAAAUAUAGUGAAUUAGCCAACUUGAUAAUAGGAAGCUGGAAGGAUUGUUUUGUAAAUAGCAGGAUAUCCAGCUGUCAGCAGAAGUAGAGCCCUUUAUACCCCAGAAGAAGGGUAUUGAGACAGUUGUUCCUAUGGCACUCCAAAAUGAUGGAAGUGGUUGUGGUGUUGAAGGUCCACCUAUUCCAAGCUACUUGAUAACCUGUUAUCCCUUUGUUCAAGAAAACCAAGCUAAUAAUAGGCAGUUGCCUGUGUAUAAUGGUGAUAUUCGGUGGCCUCCAGCAAAUCCAAGCUCAACAGGACCAUACUUUGCUUAUCCAAUAUUGCCAACUCCACAGCCACCUGUUUCUACGGAUUAUGCUUACUACCAGUUCAUGCCAGCACCAUGCACACCGAUGAUGGGUUUUUAUUCUCCUUUUCCGACUCCAUAUGCUGCAUCCUUCCAGCCAACCAAUGUGGUGAAUACAGUUUCUGAAUGUAGUGAAAGAUCUGUUCCUGCUGGACCAGUCUGUCCAGCCACAACUCCGAGAAACCGAGUCAACAGAGGGCCGUUGCCAAAGACUUUGAGAACCAGCAAGCCUCUGGUUAGAAGUGUGGCUGUUCAGAAGGAAAGCAGUGCCUCAGGUCCUGAAAAUAGAUCAAAAAUUGUUUUGCUGGUUGAUGCCAGCCAGCAGACAGACUUUCCUGGAGAUGUAGCUAACAAAUCUCUCUCGGAGAGGGCCAGUCCCUUGCUUUGGAAAUCGAAAGUCAGGAGAAGAAGAGCAUCUCACCCUGCUGCUGAGUCUUCCAGUGAGCAAGGAGCUAGCGAAGCUGACAUUGACAGUGAUAGUGGCUAUUGCAGUCCCAAGCACAGUCACAGUCAGACCACAACAGCUACUACUCGGAAUACAGAAUGCAGCAACGUUAAAGCAGAGGAUUCAACAGGGAUCACAGGAAGCCCCAGCUGGGCGAAUAUAGCUUCCCAAGCACCGCAGAGGUUUGGGAUGGACAGAUUCCAGACAAUUUCUUGCAACAGAGGUGGAAGGCUAGUAGAUUCUCGAAACACACAGGAUUGCUUCAGAGGGAGGAUGCAGGAUUUGUCAUCGGACAGAACACCAAGCCAACAGAAGAAUCGUGAUUGGACUGCCGGACAGUCUCCUGAGGCGCCACAGUUUACCAGUGGGCGAAAAACUGGAGCUGAUCAAAAUCCCGACUCGUUAUAUUUUAAGGAUGAUAGUGAGUUUCCAGAAUUGAUCAGUGGAGCUGGGGUUUCUAAGAGCAAAGCUGUUGGCCUUGAUAAUGCGCAGAAUAAAAGCUCUUCUGUUUGUCAACUCACUAAAAAGCCAUUGGGGUUGGGUGAUCUCCCAGAAACUUCUCCAAUCAAUAUAGUGCAGACACCAAUUCCAAUAACUACAGCUAUCCCAAAACGUGCUAAAAGUCAAAGGAAAAAAGCAUUGGCUGCAGCACUUGCCACUGCUCAGGAGUAUUCAGAAAUUAGCAUGGAGCAAAAAAAACUCCAGGAGGCUCUGAAUAAGGCGGCAGGGAGGAAGAGUAAAGCGCCUGUGCAACUGGAUCUUGGUGACAUGUUAGCCGCACUAGAGAAGCAGCAACAAGCCAUGAAAGCAAGGCAAAUGACAAACACAAAACCGCUAACGUACUCGGUUGGUACAACAGCACUUUUUUCUGUCAAAGAUUGUGGGAGCAUGAAGAAUUUACAUAAUAAUCAGCAGUUUAUUGGAUUUCAUAAUCCAUUGGAUUCUGGUGCCCCAAGGAUGAAAAGGGGGAAGGAAAGGGAGAUUCCAAAAGCAAAACGUCCAACUGCUCUUAAAAAGAUUAUACUGAAGGAAAGAGAGGAAAAGAAAAACAGAUUUUCAAUAGAGCCAACAAUUGUGGGAUCAGAGGAACAAGGUGAUGUGCAACUAAGUUUUCAGGAGGAGCAGAAAUUAACCCAGGAAGCGGUUUCUCAGGAAGAUAUUGGAUUGAGUGUUACUAGUGACACAUCUCUGUCUCCCGCAAGCCAGAAUUCCCCGUACAGUAUGACACCAGUUUCACAAGGCUCCCCGGUCAGUUCUGGAGUUGGCAGUCCAAUGGCGUCUUCAACCAUCACAAAAAUUCAUAGCAGGCGCUUUAGAGAAUAUUGUAAUCAAGUUCUCAGUAAAGAUAUCGACGAAUGUGUGACACUGCUACUGCAAGAACUUGUUCGCUUUCAAGAACGUAUUUACCAAAAAGAUCCAAUCAAAGCUAAAAUGAAGAGAAGACUUGUCAUGGGUUUACGGGAAGUAACCAAGCACAUGAAAUUAAAAAAGAUUAAAUGUGUGAUCAUCUCUCCAAACUGUGAGAAAAUUCAGUCUAAAGGUGGACUGGAUGAAGCUUUAUACAAUGUGAUUGCUAUGGCUCGGGAGCAAGAAAUUCCUUUUGUCUUUGCUCUUGGACGGAAAGCUCUUGGUCGUUGUGUGAAUAAACUUGUUCCUGUUAGUGUUGUGGGGAUUUUCAACUAUAGUGGUGCUGAGAACCUGUUUAAUAAGCUGGUGGCAUUAACGGAGGAGGCCCGUAAAGCAUACCGUGAUAUGGUAACUGCCUUGGAGCAAGAACAAGCUGAGGAGGCGCUGAAGCACACCAGAAAAGUUCCACACAUGGGUCACUCCCGUAACCCUUCUGCAGCGAGUGCCAUUUCAUUUUGCAGUGUUAUAUCUGAGCCCAUUUCUGAAGUGAAUGAAAAGGAAUAUGAAACAAACUGGCGAAAUAUGGUGGAGGCCACUGAUGCACCCGAAAGUUCUGAGAUCGAGAAAGCCACACCAAGUGCGACCACUGUUCUGCAGAAGUCUACAGGUUUACCAGCAGUCACAAGUAGUGCUAACAAAACGGUCUUAGGAAUGACCACUACCACCUCUGUGGGCCAGACAUCCCAUCCAACAAAGUUCACUGGUUCAGACAAGGAAGAAGGGAAAGCUGAUGAUAUGUUAGAGUGGGCCUCUCAGCAGAGCACUGAGACUGGGUCACUUGACGGUAGCUGCAGGGAUGUUCUUAAUUCCUCCAUGAUUAGCACCACCAGUACUCUUGUACCAGACAUGCUUGAGGAGGAGGAAGAUGAUGAUGAAGAGGAGGAGGAAGAUGAUAUUCCCGAGCCUGUUGCCAUUGUGGUAACCUUUAGCAGUAGAAUUGAUGAUUGGGUAUCUGAAGCACAAAAAACACUGGAAACAUUGCAGCUUGGCAAAAGUAUUGAUAGUACAGAGGAAGAUCACAAUGGGCAAUGUGAUGUAGAAGAACAUGAAAUGGUGGAGCAAGCAGAUACGAUCACAGAGAGCGAGGGCUCUCAACCUGCAGAAUCGGAGAGACAUACCUGCUAAUAAUUCUAGCCCCCAGACCAGCAGCUCCCAUUUAGAGCACAGUUUAUUUUUGGGUAGACUCGUGAGAUUACAAAAAUCAUAUUUUCAAUUUUUACAUUACACAAGCAACUGUUAAAAGUAUUUUGAUUCCAUUAAUGGUAAUGCUUUGUUUGAAAUGGGUUAAAAUAUGGUGGAAAGUACAGAUUUAUUUCAAAACUCAGCAAAAAUAUGAUGUGCAAAUUUGAAAGCCAAAAGCAAUAGCCACAAAACACUCAGUUUUAUUCUUUAUAGAGUUUGUUAUCUUUUAUUGAAUUUGUUUCUCCUUUGGACCUUAAAAAAAAAUACCCCCUAUCAACUUAGCACAUAAUUGGAUCAAAUCACUAUUCUUUUGCUUGUAAAAUAACUAAUUCAGAAAACUUUUAAUCACAUUUCAUAGUCUUUAAUAUUAAAUGCCUAACUAUAGAAUUUUUUUGUGAGCAGUCAUUCGCGUCUACCUGAAGAUUUGCUGUAAACAAAACAUCACUGACCUCAGGAACAUGUAUAGGAACAAUUAAGUAAGAAUCUGCUGUUUAUAACUUGUCAGCUCAGUUUCAUACUCAUUGUAUGGAUAGAUCAUAAAGUCACAUUGAAAAGUUUUCUCAUUUCAAAUCUGUCCUGUACUGACCCAAACCUCAGUGUCUUUGUGAAUCAUAAUGUUUUUCUAGAUGGUUUAUGAAAGUCCUUUCUGAAUCUUUGGAGAAAAUGUAAGAAUUGAUGGGGGGAAAAAAGCCAGCAGUUUUGUUUACAAGAAAUUCAGUCUCCAAGUGGCAGUAGUUUUAUAUCAGAAUUUAGUUUAACUGAUAUUUAAAAGAUGAUCUAUCUCUACGAAGUUUAAACAGCAAAAUGGUGAUGUUUUUAAAGAGAUCUAUUACUUGUACAAACUAUGACUUUUGAUCUUCAGUGGACUGCAGUUGUGUGCAAUAGAUUGCACCUGUGAUGGAUGCAUGUAACCAUACCUGUACAUAAUGAAACUAAUGUUACUAGCUGUAAAAAGAAAAUUACUGGGACUUAACAGACUUUAUAUGGAAUUUGCUUAUAUCAGCAUUGUAUAAUUGUAUUCAGGGAAAGUUGAUAAAAUGGAUGUUAUACAGCUCUUCAUUCUCCUUUUCUAUAUUGCUAUUCACUACUUUGCUGCCAUCCAAAACAGACAUUUUGGACUUGAAUCUGGAAAAAAAGUGAGAGCUGGCCUUGUGUGUGCAUGGGGCAUUCUAGAAAAUAGUUCAUUUUAAUUGAGAUGAACAAGCAAAAUUGUUAUCUUCCUCAGCAGCAUUGUACAGCACAGGUUUACACAACAUGAACUGUAACAAUAGCCAUUAUAUCUUUAGUUAUGAUUCCUUUUUGUUACAUCAGGCUUGCAAUUCUGGAUUGCAUGAUAGGUGUUUCUAAAAUGUCAGUUUUGACUAUUUGCGUAGUUAUAAACUACUUUUUGCUGUUAUAGCAGCAAAUAAUGUCUUCAUUGCAACAUCUUGAUGAUAAUGGUAAUAGAGGCUAUGGGGUACUUCUGCAUCUUUGUAACAAUUGAAAAUUGGCCCAGCAUUCAAAGUUAACAAAGGAACAUGGAUCCAUUUGAGCUGAAAUUUGUUCAGCAGAUGUACUUGGUAAUGCAGAUGAGACCUAUGACUUUAAUUGCAUCAUGAUCAUUAUGAAAAUUUGUUUUGCACUAAAUUGAUUGCAGGAGUUACAGAAAUUCACUGGUUGCAUUACAUCAUAAAAUGCACAUGUACAGGGGCAAGGUAGCUUUAUUAGGAUAAAACAUUUUAAGAUCAGACCUUCAGCUCUAUCUGUACACUGAAAGUAAACAAUUUUGGUUGCAAGACUGGGUGUAAAGAAAUUCUGUUCACAUUUAUUGCUCUUAAAUUGAAGUUUCAGGAUUUAAGUCAUGCACAUUAAUCAAAUGUAGGUUUUCCUUAAUGGCACUUCAAUUAAGUUUUUAAAUCUAACUACAGCUGAUGCCUACAAGUGUUCUAUUUUUUAAAAAAUGUGCAACACUAAAGCUGUUGCAUGUUUGAAUGAACCUUUAUAGAUGGCUUGUAUAAACCAAAUUGGAUUGAAGGAUGCAUCUCAUUCAAAAUGGUACAGAACCUUGACUGGAGGAUUUUUCACCUACUCUCAUAUGCAAAAAAAGAAAAUACUUUCACAAUGGAAAAUUUGUUGCUUCAUGGAAUUGAUGGAAGAACACUGCUGGUGUAUGGCAAUGUUAUACAGAGGGUGGUUAACGAUUCCACAGUAUUGCAUUAUUUUGGUGUUCAGAAGUCUAUACUUGUGGUACUAGUACGUUGUGCACAACUUGAUCUAUAGCAACACCUGGUGCUAAAAAGACUUUUAAGAAAAUAUUUUUAAUCUUUAUAGAGGGGACAUUUUUUUGUUUCAUAGUUAAUUCCAUUUGUAAAUUUUUACCCAAAAUAGAACUAUUCGUAUACAAAAUGAUGGCAACUUUCAAAUAAUCUUUAGUAUUUAAUUCCUGAUAAAGAAUAAUAUAUUAUACGAAAUGACUUUCAAAGAUUUUGUUAUCUUGGUUCUUAAUUUAACACCUUUCUAUUGUAAGCAGAUGUCCUGAACAGGGUUAAAUGCUAUUUUGUUUUAAUACACUGUUCAAGAAAGAAAAAGUACUCCAUGUUGGUGGUUAAAAAGCUAACAUAAUAUCCAUUGUAGUUCAGACUGUUGUAUUGUACUAAUAGUGUGGAUAGCUUUGUGAUUGUUACACUUAUCUCAAUUAAUAGGAACCAGUUAUUUUUCAUGUGUAUUGCUCUUGUAUUGAAAAGCAAAGGAUUGAGACAAAUGUUUCUGUUCGGACACAUUCCCAGGACGGUUUGCGUUGGGUGAGUACAGGAUUUGUUAGACUUCUUAUACUCAGUGCUACAGGAAUUCCAAAUGUGUCCAGUUGAGUAAAGUGACCUGACCUUAAAUUGUACAGUAUGUGAAUUUUAACAGUAGUUGCCUAAUCAAUGCUGUAGGCUAAAUCGUGCAGUUUCUCUCCUGAGAGGCCCUGAAGACAGGCUGUUAAUAUUCAGUAAUGUGCCACUUGCUAUAUAUUAGUUUGAUUUAUAUUUUAUUGUUUUCAUUUGGAAUCCAAUUCAGAAUAGGCAGAUGCAAAGUAAAAUUUGAGAAUUAGUUAUAUGAAGGGUGAUGUGUUUUUUGCUUGUGUGACCAGCAUAUCUCAUUUCAUUUAAUGUACAUAAUUCCAUAAUUAAAAAUAUACUUGCACUAUGUAAAUAUCAGAAUUUUCCCUCCUGUAACUAAUA